AUGGGCACCAAUUAUUGCCUUUUCAUGCCUCUAUUUGAUGCAUUAGGAAACACUUUGAACAUCAAAUCAUGGGAGAUGCAUAAGAAAAUUAGUCGAGACUUGGGUAAAAAUGGAAGAGUCCCAGAUAUUGUAUUUCUAGCUCAUUUUAUAGACAUGUCGGCCGCCAUGCACAUGCCUUUUAUAUCACGAACAAUGGCAUCUCUUCCCUACGCUACAAGAAUUCACUUGCUACCAUUCUUGCCCAUAUCCUUUAUGGCGAUGUUAGUCAUGUGGGCUAACUCUAAGACUUUCUUGAUCUCAUUCUACAACCUUAGGGAUCGGUUGCACCAGACGUGGGCUGUACCCCGUUUCGGAUUUCAGUAUUUCUUACCAUUUACUGCACAAGGUAUCAAUAAGCACAUAGAAGAGUCUAUUCUUAUGGCUGAUAGAUUGGGAGUUAAAAGUUAUUAG